UUGUUGUUUAUGGUUUUGAAAUUGAUGUAUUCUGUUCCGACUUUUCGUAAUGUUAAAGUUCCAAACUUUAAUGAUAUUUCUUCAUUACGGGUAUUAUAGUACCCUUCAUUAUGUAUGUAGAAUGACUCUGAAAUUAAAGGAAAUUUAUAAAUAAUUUUAAUAUUCGAAAUACCAAUUCUGUUUCUUGCUACAUUUCUUCUCAGCUUCAGCAUGUCUUUUCAUACUAAAACCGGGGCCCUGGUAACAUUAAGUAAUUCAAAUAAAACUGCAUGCCGAAAUAAUCCUCAUCAAGAAUUCAAUCAUGGUCUGGUUAUGAGUUGUGAACCACUGAAAGAUGAUCAAAUUUUUGAAGUGCGCAUCGAUAAAAAGGUUCCAACAUGGAGUGGAUCCAUUGAAAUUGGAGUAACAAAUUUGGACCCAUCUUAUUUAGACUUUCCUUCUAGUGCAACCAACUUACGAGAAGGAUCCUGGGUUAUGUCAGGAACAUCUAUAUUAGAAGAUGGAAAGUCAUAUCUUGAAGAUUAUGGACAUGAUUUAGAUGAACUCUCUGAGGGUGAUACUGUUGGAGUAAUGAGAUCCUCAAAUGGUGAACUUCAUUUUUUUGUGAAUGGUGUUGAUCAAGGAAUAUCUGCUCAUCAUGUUACUGGAACAAUUUAUGCUGUAAUUGACUUAUAUGGGAAAUGUGCUCAGGUCACUAUAGUUGAACAUGAUUAUGAAACUUCUAGUUUCAUACGUGUGGUUGACAAGCUUCAUUUUCAUGAGCAUUGUGGCAACAUGGUAAAACUCAGCAACAAUAAUCGUACAGCUGAAAGAAAGAAACCUGUCGAUGAAUUCAAUAAUGGAGUUGUAAUGACACAUAGAGCUCUCUUAGAUGAUGAAUUGUUUGAAAUAAGAAUUGACGAACUUGUAAAUAAAUGGUCUGGUUCUAUAGAAAUGGGUGUAACCACACAUAACCCUGACACUCUUGAUUUUCCUGCUACCAUGACAAAUAUGCGAUCAGGUACCAUUAUGAUGAGUGGAUGUGGAAUAUUAACAAAUGGAAAAGGUAGCAGAAGAGAAUAUGGGGAAUAUAAUUUAGAUGAACUGCAUGAAGGUGAUAGAAUUGGGCUAGUCAGAAAAUCAAAUAAAAGUCUUUAUUACUAUAUAAAUGGAUUUAAUCAAGGCAUUGCUGCUGAAAAUGUGCCUGAUGUUUUAUAUGGAGUUGUGGAUCUAUAUGGAAUGACUGUCAAAGUUAGCAUCACAGACAAUUAUAAGCCAACUUUGAAUAAGCCUGACCAAGAAAAUAGUGCAUCUGCAAUAGCAUUACGUAACCAGCCUCAAUAUCAGAGAAUAGGCUUGCGAUAUGAUGAUUUAUUAUUUCAUUAUAAUUGCGGACUUCAUGUACGUGUAACUAAUGGUGGACGAACAGCUUAUAGACCAAAUUCUUUGGAUGAUUUUAAUAAUGCUGUAGUAAUAACAAACCGACCUUUGAAACCUGGUGAAAUAUUUGAAGUGCUUCUUGAACAAGUAGUGUUGAAAUGGGCUGGUUCUAUUGAAAUUGGAGUCACCAUUCAUUCUGCUGAAGAACUUAAAUUCCCAUCAACCAUGACAGUUGUCCGCUCUGGCACAUGGAUGAUGAAUAGGAAUGGUGUUAUGUACAAUGGUACAACAAUAACAGAUGAUUAUGGUUAUGAUCUUGAUAAAUUAAAAGCAGGAGACAAAAUUGGCUUAAUUGUUUAUGAAGAUGGCAGUCUUCAUUUUUUUGUGAAUGGUAUUGAUCAAGGGUUGGCAGCUUCAAACAUCCCUAGUAAUGUUUAUGGUGUCAUUGAUCUAUAUGGACAAGCAAUUAAAGCCUCAAUAGUGGGUUCAUCAGAAUCACCAGUAUUUUACGAGGAUACAAAUUCUCCUUCUGUUUCAAAUUAUUUGGAAGACUUACAGAUGAGUCAGCCAUCUUCUGUGGGAGAAAGAAAAAAUUCCCAAGCCAUAAAGGCAGAGACAGAUCACAAUGAAAUUUCAAGACCACGUGGUACAACUGUCUAUGAUCCUCAUUUACUAUAUUUUGAUGAUGCGGAUGAUAGUUUAGAAGAACACUCCAAUGAUGACAUAGUUGAACCACCUUUUUCCUUCCAUUCUAUAACUGGGAUCAAUAUUUCGCUCGACUAUUUUGGUGUUCUGGCCACUCGAAAUCAGGAUUAUGAUCAUGCAUUGGUUUUUAGUUCUAAACACUUAGAAAAAGAAUAUUUAUAUGAAGUUCACAUAUAUACUGCUAAUACUGUUUGGGGUGGUACUUUGAGAUAUGGUGUAACUACCUAUGAGCCUGAAGAUCAGUCUGACUUACCAUCAUGUGCCUUAGGGCUUAAUGAUUGUGAUACAUGGUUAAUUCUGGAUUCUCAUUUGUACAAAAAUAGUGAAGUGAUUAAGAGGAACUAUGCUCUAUAUCUUCCACAUGUCAUGGCUGGAGAUAGUGUUGGUGUGAAAAUUUGUAAUGAUAACAGUCUACAUUUUUUCAUCAAUGGAGUAGAUUUAGGAGUGGCUGCCUUUAAUAUGCCUAAGAAAUUAAGAAUGGUUGCUGAUGUAUAUGGGUCUGUAGAAAGCAUCAUGGUUCAAAAUGCUGGAUUUUCUACAAAUGCCGAUUCUCGAAAUUUAGAGAAAAAGUCUAAUGUGAAUGCUCCGGUUAUUUAUUCUCCAUCUUCUCCAAUGUCUUUCCAUGAAAAUAGAGGAAAAAAUAUUCUUUUAUCAAAUGAAAAUUUAACGGCUUGUAGAACUGCUGGUUACAAUCAUGGAAUUGUGAUAUCUAGCAAAGCUCUUCUGUGUGAAGACAUAUUUCAAGUUCAGCUUGACAAUCUUCAUUCUGAUUGGUCUGGUUCUCUUCAAAUUGGUGUAACAUGUCAAAAUCCUGACCAGAUUUGUUUACCUUCGUCUGCUUUAUUGUUAAAGGAAAAUACAUGGGUUGUGAGUGGUGAUAGUGUCUUCUAUAAUGGUGUCAAAAUAAAGUCCAAGUAUUGUUCCAGUUUAAACAAUCUUAAAAGUCGACAUAAAAUUGGAAUCAAAAUUGAUGCUGAGCGAAAUCUUCAUCUGUUUAUAAAUAAUAUAGAUCAGGGUAUUGCUGCUGAAGACAUAUCCCAACCUGUAUAUGCAAUUGUUGAUGUUUACGGAAAAUGUAAGCAGGUUACAUUCACGACAGACCCAUAUUCAUCUGAUGAAGAAAGUGAAAAGGAUGAUAAAGAAAAGGCUAAUGUUGAAUAUGAUGGUGAGAAAAUCAUUAAACCUAUGUGUUCUAGUCAACUUUCAACCACAAAUUGUGAUCAUCAAAGAAUAUGCUCAAUCAUCAAAACAUCUUUAGGUUUAUUAGACAUAUAUUUUUUACCAGAUAGCAUAGUUUGCUUUUGUGACAUGUGUCAUAAAUCUAGAGGAGAAGAGCCUUAUUUCAGAAAAGGUGACCCACCUAGAGACUAUGCUCAACCUUUUGGUUGGUGUCGUUUUCCACUUAGAUCGUCAAGUAAAGCAGAAAAAAGUGGCGUUACUGAUAAAUGGCAUGUGGCUUUUUAUGGUACAGGUUUUGGAUCUGUAUGCCGUAUUUUAGAACAUGGCAAACUGCUACCUCCAGCUAUGUUAGGUUUUAAAAUUCAAAAGAAACUUGCAGACAAAGGUGGAAAAUCAAAGGACACUGAUAGCAGUCAUGUUUUAAUAUCGCCCACAAUGCUUUAUGCAGGUUCUUCAAAAUUUUCUCCAAAAGAAGAGUUUGCGGAUUUAGAGAAUAAGAAAUUGUAUCAUGCUAAAGUUGCUUUUCAAGUUUGUGUUCGACCUGGAUCCUACACAGUAGGCCCCCAGCAAUUAGGUGUUCGAGAACCUAUAGAUGUACAUUUCAGCAAUAACGACUUAGAGUGGUAUACAAAGGAAGAAGGGUCCAUCAUUCUUCAUAGCCUUCUAAUAAAAGUAGAUCCUGUUUGAUCUUCAUUUUGGGUACAAUUUUAUCCGGUGCCAUAAUUUUUUGUAUGCAAAAAAAGAAGAAAAAAAAACUUAUAUGUGCUCUUCUGUACCUAGGCCUUAUUUCAUGAUUAAAAGUUAUGCUCUUUUGUUGCAUUCAUCUAUUUUUUUUUAUUUUUUUUGCUAGUGAUUUAUUUUAAGAAUUCCAAAAUGUUUCCUUGGUUUUUUUUAAAGUAAAUAUUCCAUUUUUAUGAGAAAUCAUGCAAUGGUAAUAUCUCUUCCACUAAUACCACUAAUUUGUAUGGAACAGUCUGAUAAUAAAUGGAUUAUUGAUUCAAAUUUCAUUAUAUUUUUGUUUAAUUACAAACAUUUGCAACUAAAUU